AUGACCCUUUUGACAGUGACCUCUAUCGAGGGAUUGGAAUGCCUGAACAAUUUUGAAGCCAAAACGUUCUGGACGAGCGGCUCGAACGAAGAUGAAAAUUGCAAUGUGGAAAAAAAGUACGCUUGGUGCUCGACGGGCUUCGAUAUGUCGAAAGAAGUUAUCGAAUCGAAAGAACUGUGGUUGCCGCCCAAAACCACGAUCCCUUCUGCCACGGAACGAUGUUUGGCCGUUUCUAUUUCCACAGUUUCCUCGAAACAGGGCCUGGUGCACAGAAAAUGCGACGACGCCCUGCCCUUCAUCUGCCAGUAUUCCGUCGACUGCCCGAAGAUCUGCAACCGAAAUAUGACGUGGAUAAACAGUUACCGGCAGUGUUGCGCUUUAGGAAUGGAGGCUCUCAACAUUGACAGUGAAGCUGAGCAAUUGGGGCUAACUGCCCUGGCUGAUUCAAAUAAAGCCAACUGGACUGCCAAUUUCAACUACUGGACCAGUGGCACGUGGAAAGGGGCGCCGAAGAAGCAGUGGUCGUGGUGCGAGCCAAAUGGACCAACAGUUUUCGCAAACGGACUUGUUUGGGAAUACCCUCAGCCCGACAAUAACGGAGGGAACGAGAGCUGCGUGCAUUUCCGCUUUACAUUGAAUUCCACGGGCACCAUCAUGACGGACCGCAAUUGCGCGAACAAAUAUAUAUUUGCUUGCAAGAGUGCAUUGCAAACCACCCCAAAACCUUGCGUUGCAUCCUGCCCAACAGAGAGCUGUGAAAUAAAUGACAUCCUCUUUGAAACAAAUUUUUAUGUUAAAAUAGAUUUUAAUGUUCUGUACUGUUGUCCAGACUUUUUCUCUUAUGGAAACUGGUACGAUGGAUGUGGCCGCAAUUUUUUGACUUACACCUCAAUAUCAAACUGGACAUUCGCCCGUAAGAGUUGCUGUGAUAUUGGUCUGACCCUGGCCUCCAUGGAAUCAGUUGGGAAGUCGAGUUGCUUUUCCAGAAUAGUCUCAAAAUUCGCUCCGGCGACCUUUGGAGACUACUGGCUCUCCGGAACUGAUCUGGGGUGUGAUUCAAACUUCCACUGGUGCACCCUGAGCCGGGAUUUCGUCAACCCUGAGGUGAAGUGGAAGGAGGGACACCCGAAACCCAACCUGGACUGCGUUUAUCUCGAAGUGAGGAAUGGAUCCGUGUUGCUGGCCACCGAUAACUGCGCCCAAAACAAGAGUAUUCUCUGCGAAGUGCGAAAGAAGGGUACCUUCGGAAGGGCAAUGCAGACCGAAUGUGCAGAAAUAUGGGACAUCACCGUUGACCAAAUUGAUUUGCUUAUGAACGUGAGCGCUUUUCUCACGGCAACUAUAUCGCUAAAUUUGAAGUGCUUCUUGAAAUGCGUCGGAGUAGAAAUCGGAAUGGUAACCAAACAAAGUUGA